AUGAGUGGGCACACUUUGGCGAGGAAGAUCCUUCGAGACGGUUAUUUCUGGAUGACUACGGAGCAUGAUUGGUGCAAGUUUUUGCAAAAAUGUAAAGUGCAUAGUGAUUUGAUCCAAGUUCCGCCUCACGAACUCAAUGGUAUGAGUUCACCUUGGCCAUCUGUAGCUUGGGGCAUGGAUGUCAUUGGUCCAGUAGAGCCAGCCACCUCUAACGGACACAGAUUCAUUUUGGUUUCCAUUGAUUACUUCACCAAGCCGGUGGAAGCAGCUUCUUACAAGUCAGUGACCAAGAAAGUUGUAGCAGAUUUUGUUCGCAACAAUCUGAUAUGCUGGUUUGGAGUACCAGAAUCCGUCAUUGUUGAUAAUUGUGCAAAUCUCAAUAGUCAAUUGAUGAGAGAUAUAGGUGAGCAAUUUAAGAUUACUCAGCGAAACUCAAUUGCUUAUCGUUCUCAAAUGAACAAAGUUGUAGAGGCUUCAAAUAAGAACAUCAAGAAGAUUAUGAGGAAAAUGAUCGACAAUUAUUGA